AUGCUUAUAUAUAAACUAUUUGUGCCACAACGAUUAUACCUAACGAUCCGAACUUAUCGUGAUUUCUCGUCAGCUGCAAAAUUUAAACAAGCAUCCUUCAGCAACGUUGACGAGAAAGAAAUGGAACAAUUCACUAGACAUUCUGCAGAAUGGUGGCACCCGCACGGACCAGCUCGCGGGCUACUUGCCAUGAAUGCAAUUCGCGUUCCAUUGAUACGAGAUGGACUUAUUGCAGCGGGAGCUGUUGAAAAAAGACGUAUCUUUCGACCAAACGUUUUGGAAAAAGUGAACAUUCUAGAAGUGGGUUGUGGUGGAGGAUUUCUGACGGAGGCACUUGCUCGAUUGAGAGCCAACGUGGUCGGUAUCGAUCCUUGCGAGGAAUUGAUUAAAGUAGCUAUAGAGCAUGCUAAAAAAAGUACAACAAUGGAGCAGAAUCAUAUUCAGUAUAAAGUGGAAACCAUCGAACAACACGCUUCUAAACAUGGCGAACGCUACGACGCAGUAAUAGCGUCAGAAGUAUUAGAUCACAUAAAUGAUAAGGAGCUGUUCAUUAAGCAGUGUUUGGAUGCCCUCAAGCCAGGAGGAUCCAUUUUCAUUAGCACGAUCAGUAGAACUGUUCCGGCUUGGGUAGGGAUAAUUUUUGCAGGCGAGCAAAUUUUAAAGCUCAUCCCAGAAGGUUCACAUGAAUGGCAUAAGUUCAUAACACCUCAGGAAGUCGAGCGCAUCCUGUGCAGGUAUAACUGUAACACUGUUUUGGUCCGAGGCAUGUUUUACCAAUUUUGGUCAAACCAGUGGUCCUGGACGGAGAAUACUGAUAUGCAUUACGCUCUUCAUGCCCUUAAAAACUACAGUUAUUCUACAGCGUAA